AUGAGUCGUGGACACGCCCCCAGGAUACGGCUCGCCACCUUCACGCAAUUCGCCCUUCCGUCGACCGGAGUCCCCAGCAUCACCAUCGCCUUUGCGAUAUACAACACCAAGCAGUGGUGCGACCAAGACUGCUUCUCUGGGUACACCAUCGCGGUUUGCGCAGCCGACUACGCCUACGACUACGACUACGACUCUGAGCAACAACCGGACGCCGCGUACUCACUCAUCGGACACAAUGACGACCGCAUCGCCUCGCAGGUUAUCUCAGCAGGAGGCAAGCGCGUCUGCAUCACAGCCGCUUGGGAGCGGAAACGCAUUAUCACAGCUACAACCAGCCCAGUGAACCGCGAAGACGUCGCGGACAUGUUGAGCCAGUUGGGUCUUCCUAAUGGCGCGCCUGAUGUUUCCAAAUUUUUCCCUCCGUCGAAACCGCAGACGAUUGCAUUGGCGGCAUUCCUGAACUCGUUGGCAGAAACACUAUGCCAGCUGUCGCCCAGCACAGAGCUUCUCUCGGCAUUCUCUGCAUUCGACAACGACGACAGUGGUCAGGUGGACUGGGCCGAGCUCAGGGACGCACUGCUCAACACGGCGCCGGAACCUGGAGAGCGAGUGCUGACCGCAGCAGAGGUCGAUCGUGUCGUCAAUGGCUUUACCGGUCGACGAGCCUUCAAUCGCAAUAUCAGUGCGCAGUUGGGUGCCAAAAAGGGAGAGGUGUUCAAGUAUAACGAGUUUGUCAACUCCAUCAUGGGAUCCAAUGGGACAUCAGAAGGGUCGCCGCAAGAAAAUAUAGAAGAGCAGUAA